AUGGCAUCGGCUGCCGUCGACAGCAAGCCUCAGUCGGAGGCGGGAACCGACAUCGCCCAUCAGGAGAACGUCUCGCCGCGCAACCAGCCCUCUCGUCAGUCCAGUAAAAGCCAGGUUCGCCACCGGGCCUCAGUCGCCUGUGCCUCCUGCAGAGACCGCAGGAUCAGGUGUGUCGUGCCCAAGGGCGAGCGGGAGUGCACACAAUGCAAGCGCACGGGGACAGAGUGCAUCAUCAAGAACGACGACGAGCGGCGGCGCCCCAUCUCAAAGGCAUACAUGUCAUCCCUUUCUGAGCGCAUCAAUAUGCUCGAAAGCAUGCUCCUCGACAAGGGAGUCGUACCGCCGCCGGCUGUCCACCCGCCAAAGACCAGGCAAGAGGCACAGUCCAAGCAGCCCGAAGAUACGGCAAAGCAGCCCAACGGCCACGUUCACAGCCUCAAUGGCGCCGGCAUCGGCCAUUCUCCGUCGUCGCGCGAGAUCGUUCCAUCUCCACCAGACUCGGGCCACGACGACUUCGCCAUGAAUGAGAGCGACCAGGCCGAAAGCAUCAUGGCCCAGAGCCACCACAACUAUCAGCCCUUGACCAAGGAAACCUCGCCCUUCCGCAACCUGGAUCCUCGGAAAGAGGACAUCGUCUUUCGUCUGCUCGCCACAAAGGGCAACCUCUCCUUUGACCAGCUGUCCGGCAGGUUUCGCUUCUUCGGACCGACUGCCAACAGCCACGUCUACUCGGACGCUCCGUUCGCGGGCGACCUGCGGGAGCCCCCCGAGCAGAUCCGCAGGUCUGAGCGCAUCGUACGCUCGCUCACUCCCGGCACGCACGAGUACCUCAUGAGCUGCUUCUGGGAGCACUACAACCUGGUCAUGCCGGUUCUCGACCAGGCCGCCUUCGAGCGAGACCGCGAAUCGCAGUGCCCUCGCUUCUACUCGUCAUUCCUGCACAUCACCGUUCUCGCCAUGGGCUACCGGUUCGCCGACCAGGACCGCGAGGACAUGCGCAAGAUCAGUCUGGGCAACCGCGAGAGCACUCUGCACCGGGAGGCCAAGUACAUGAUGGACAUCGAGCUCGAGAGGCCCGGCGGUAUCCCUAGUGUGCAAGCCUUGCUGCUGCUGGGCGACCUGGAGUGUGGUGUGGGCAGGGACAAUACGGGUUGGAUGUAUUCGGGCAUGGCCAACCGCCUCGCCUUUGACAUUGGUCUGCAUCUUGACUGCCAGAGCGACACGAUGCCCGACCAAGAGAUCCAGAUCCGGCACAUGGUCAUGAAGGCAUGCAUCGUCUUUGACAAGUACUGGGCCCUCUUCCUCGGCCGGCCUACAAGCAUCAAGAGCCAGGAUAUCGGCAUCGACCUCCUCUCUAAGCGCUUCUCUAUGCUCGCUUCUGGAAGUGAGACCAAGAGGGAUGCGGCGACAGCAAGCGUCGAGAUUUACGAGUAUCUCAUCGAGCUGAUGGAGCUCGCUGGCAAAAUCUCCGAGACGCGGGACUACAGCAAGGCCAAUGCCAACGACCACAACAACAUCUUUGCGAUCAACGAGUCCGAAGAGAGCGCCUACCUCCACGUCAUUAGCCUGGACCGCCAGCUCCAGAACUGGUACCGCCGCCUCCCAGACCACCUGACCUGGAAGCCGGCCAACAUCAAGGCGGCCCCCUUCAACUACUUCCUCCUUCACCAGCAGUACCACGUGUCCAUGAUCCUCCUCCACAGGCCCUGGGCCAAGUACGGCGUCUCCAGUUCGGACGGCGCGAGCACCAACUCCCACCCGAGCCCGGCCGAGUCCAACCACCACGGCCGCGACUCCGUCAGCCAGAAGCACCUCGCCAUGGUCGGCCAUGGCCUGGGGCUUGGUGACCCGCAGUCAAUCGUCGACGACAGCCGCACGUCCCUGUCGCGCAGCAUCUGCACCCAGCAGGCCAUCCGGGUCGCCCGCAUCUUUUGGCAGCACCGCCAGCGCUUCGACGGCCGCAAGAUGUGCUCGACGGGCAUGCAGCACGCCGGCUCGGCCGCCAUCGCUCUCAUCGCGGCCCUGGCCUUUGCAGGCACCGACGCCGACCGUCGUAGCUACCUAGGCUACCUUGACAUUCUGUCGGCCGCGCUGACCGACAUGGGCCAUACCUACGAGCCGGCCGCGCGCAUGGACGAGCUGCUGAAGGCCGUGCUGGACCAGUUCCGCGGCGACACCAGUGGGGUAGCGACAGCUUUCCGGCCCGGUGGCGCCACGGUGAGCGUGUUUGGCUCGGCCGGUAGCAGCAUGAUGUCGAGUGGCUGGCAGGCGAGCCCGGAUACGGCCUACUCUGUCCUCCCAGCGCGCCGCGAGCACCCAGACCAGGAGCAUACCCACCCAGCUGUCAAGAAGAUCCGCCCGACGCCCAGCAGGCGAGCGUCAGAAUUUACUCGGCCGCCGCCGCCGUUCUUCGCCGGCAACCGGCAGCCGACUCCGCCCAGUUCGGCCCAGAGCCACCAUGCGCAGUUCGGCAUGAGCCACCACGGAUCGUUCUCCCACAUGAUCCCGGGCCUGUAUCCGGGGGCGGAGCCUUCGGAGCCGUUCAACCUGGACUUCUUGGGCGGCUCCGCCAUCGACCUGGAUGAGCACGACGAGCGCAACGGCGACGGCGGCAUGCGGUCCGCGGACGAGUUCGCCCUCGUGACGCCGGCUUCCACGGAGGCGUGGGGUGUCGGCAGCGGCAUGAACGGCACUCCUGCCAACGCGCACUCGGGCUCCGGCCUCGACCUGCCCAUGGGGGACUGGAUUGCCAGCCCUGCUAAUCUAGCCACCGCCACCAACAAUAACGGCGUGGCCAAGUCCGGGUCGGGUCCCACCUCUGUGCCCGAGAUCAAUGGCAGUACGAAGUCUGGCUCGCCGGGCCCGGACCAUGGCCAGGUCAAUCAUAACGGAGAUGCCGAAGCUGUUGCCCACCACCAGAUGGGCGUGGUCGGAGGUGAUGCAGCCAAGAGCGAGACGUCCCCGUCCGCAGCGGACAUGGGCCUAGAUAACACCAACGUCAACGGUGGAGGGGGGAUGGAGUGGAUGGGCAGCGAGGGCGGCCUUAACGCGCUGAGCCCUGUGAGUAACCUCCGCGGCCUCGUCGGCAAGACGGCGGCUGGCUCUGUGGAGUCGGGUAUGGUGAAUGGCGGCGGACGUAAUCAUGAGCUUGACUUUUUCAGUUUUUGA